CACAAAAUGAAUUGCCAAUUGUGCAAGCGUCACAUACUAGGUAGACUAAGCUGAAUAUUAAGUACUUAGGUACCUAAUAAAUAUUGAAGUAUUUGAUUUUCCCUCAUUGACGUUUCAUGCCAUCUUAACUUCUCACUACCUGGCAUAUCGCAUUGGAGGUGGCAUUGUGCAGAGCAGACCGGCGCGGGUUUCAGCAGGAUUCCGACCCAAUUCUCCCCAUCGCAGCCGCUGAAUCACACUGUCAGCCUGCAGACUAUCAGCCUUGGCAGUCCAUUUAUUGACCUCUCUCAGAUAUAUUGUCUAGCGAACUGCGGCGAAGGGAAUCUGGGUGGUUGCCAUAUCUGAACUCCAUCUCAUAAUAUCUCUCACUGUAUCAAGUACCUUAUCCUGUUGUCUAUUAUAUUCCAAUAUAUGCUUGGGAAAGACCAAAGUAUUAAUUUAAGAGGAGCUUGAUCUAAUCACCAUGUCUUUUUUUAACAAGCUAACAAGUAAGCUGGAUGGCUUAGACCUCGGCUCCGAGAAGCCGAGGGAGAGAGAAGGUCCUGGAUACCCAGGCCAACAUAGCUACCCGCCUCCAUCUCAACAAUACGGCAGCAACUACAACCAACAGCCAUACCCGCCAUAUGGCGAUAGACCUCCUCAAUCUGCAUCUCCAGGCAAUUAUCAAGCUCCGUAUCCAUCUCAGGGUUCUUAUAACAGCCCGCCACCGCAGGGCUCUUAUAACACUCCUCCACCACAGAGCUAUCAAAGUAGCCCUGCUCCCCUAAGCUCCGGGCCAACUUACUCUCCACCGCCCGAUAAGCCGCCGAUUCCAUCAGGAUGGGUACCCCAAUACGAUCAGCAGUACCAACGAUGGUAUUACUACGAGCAAGCUACCGGCCGCUCACAGUGGGAAGCACCCGGAUAUCACGCCGGCGGUCAUUCCGGUGAAGAUCGAGGGCAUGGUGAACCCAGUUACUCAUCUCACGCCUCCCCCCCUGCUGGCUAUGGAUAUUCCUCCAAUGAAGUACAUGGAUACGGUUCUCAUGGUGGUCACGGAGAACAGGGCAAUCAUGGAUAUAAAAACGACGAUCUCGCGUAUGGCCAUUAUUCAGGUGAAAACCGUGGCGAAUACGAAAGCGAGGAAAAGAAGAAGAAGAAGAAGAAAGGUGGCCAUGGCGGUCUCUUGCUAGGCGCUGCCGGCGGUCUUGCAGUUGGUGCUCUCGGUGGUGCAUUGAUCGCCAAUGCUCUUGACGAUUCUUCCGACGAAGAAAAACAUCAUGCACCGGCUCCCGUAUACGCAGCCCCUGCGCCUGUCUAUUCCGAGCCAGUGUACGAGCCAGCGUACAACGCAGACGGAGAAUAUGUCGAUGCCAGUGACCGCGAGUCUGUACGCUCUGCUCGUGAGAACUACGAGGAGGCUCUUGCUAAAGCACAGGAUUCUGAUGCUAGUAGUAGUGAUUUUGAAGAGCUCGAGGAAGCCCGGGAGGAGUAUGAAGAAGAGUAUGAGGAAGCGUACGACUAAGGAACGUAUGAAUAUGAAUCGCACGGAUGUACCGGAUGCGAAGAGGAGUCACGGAGCGCAUGGACAUACCGAACAGGAAUAUGUGCAGUAUGAAUCUUAAAUCCAGAUACUGCGAAGACGUCUUAUGCGAACAUGAAGUUUACGACGAUGGCGCGUAUGACCGAAGCAUGCAUUACCCAGGAUAGAAUUCUAAG